AUGCAGUUCACUCUCGCGUCUACCAUCCUUCUGGCCGGCGUGGCCUCGGCCAGGAUGACUUCUUCGGCCACCUACACUCCUAAUACUUCUACAGUGGCCAUUCCUUCUAUCUCUGUUCCUCCGAGCUCCGUCCUGCAGAGCCAUCUGUCUUCAAUUCCCACCUCCUCCUAUGCCUCUAUCUCGGCUGCCGACUCCUCUGCCGCCGCUAGCGCCGUGAAUCCCGAGGACUACGACUGCGUCUACCGCGGCUGGGGCUGUGACUGGAUCAAGUCCGAAUACGGCUACGGCUCCGACUACUGCGGUGUCUCUCCCUACAAGGCCGGUCAGCAGCUGUCGGACGGCAACCAGAUCGUUGCUGUCUCCUCCGACGGCUCCGGCGACUGCGCUUCCAAAGCCGGCACUCAGUGCUGCAAAGUCCUGGCUGACUCGCCCUGCAAGCGUGGCGAGAAGUACCUUGAGUGCUCGAAGCCUUAA